UAUAUAAAGUUAGAUAAACCCGAACCGCAAACCGUAUCUGAACCUCCACGUUAUGCGGCGGAUUCAAACAAACUUUUUAGACAUGAUGCUUGUACGUACGCUGCUCCUUGCUAUGGCUAUGGUUACUUCUGCUGCAACAACAGAGGGUGACUAUUACGAGUCUUGGACACCGAUUAACAUCACAGAGUUUCUUGACACAGAUGAGAACAUAUGGACCGUUAUAACUACAGCCAACGACAGUCUUGAAUGCACAGUUGACCACAAAGAAUUCAUAAAUCGCACUGAUAUAUUAUUUUCCAGGAAAGGUUUGACAUCUAGCGGGAAUGUUACAACUAGCCUACAAGGGAAGUUUACUGGUCCAUUUCCAUAUCCUAAUAGCAUGAACGUGGGGCUCAGAGGUGAAGAUCCUACCAGCGUGGAAGAAUUAAUAUAUCAAGGAGACGGCAACAAAUGCGGUGUGUUUGAGCUCCGCAACCUAACCAGGGUGAUCACCGGACCUUGCUAUUAUUUAUAUAACGGACCAUGUCCGCAAUAUCGUGCCUUUGAUGUAAGAGUGAGGGGCUUCGGUGGCCGUGUAUCAGCCAACGAGUGCUUGGAGUGGUUCAAAAAGGAGUACCCAGAAGAAACCUUUACACGAUAUUGUAUAAAUCCAGUUGCAAUCGAUACUGCUGAAGUCAAUAUGAGAUAUACAUAGGCCGGAAAUUGCAGACUCAAUAUGACAUGGUUGGUAAUUGAAUAAACACAAAUAGUUACCGAACUGUA